UUCAGCUGCUCCUUUCGUCGUUGCUGUUCGGCAUCCGUUGCUUCGCAGGAGGUGUAUAGAUUGCACGCGUCGCUUAUUCGGCUCCUUCGUGGCUGUUCGACUUCGCUACUUCGACGACUUUCCCUUCCUGUCGGAUCGGAAGUUAGGACAUUUUUGAUCGGACACAACAACGGGAGCUCGCUGGCUUUGUCCAUAAUUGUAAUUAGAGUUCACAUGUCGUCAGCAUCCAAGUCAAAAUCAAAAGACAAGUCCACUCCAAGGGCUGGCAAAGAACAGUCAAAGGUUUCAAUAAAACCAUCUCCCAUGCCUGCAUAUGGCGGAAAUGGCUCCUCUACUAGCGUUUAUAAUCCAGUUUUGGGGACUUUUCACACCCUUGAGAUAUCACCACCUCUCUUUCCGCCCCAGAGCAAUAGCCGUUUUAGAACCAUUGAUGACCCAGAAGAUCAUUCUGGGAAUUCACCAGGUACGACGGCAGAAUAUGAUUCUUUAUCCAACAAUGAUAGUUGUUCUGGUGAGUCAGAAGACCAGAAGGAGAAGCCUACCAGCACCGCGCCUCGCAUAGAUGCUAUUCCUGGAUGUGACAAUAAUGACAAACGAGACAAGAUUCGCCAGAAGAAUGAGAGGAAGCACCAACGCCAAAAGGAGAGGCGAGCUCAAGAAUUGCAUGAAAGAUGUAAUGCGUUCCUGACAUCUAGGAAACUUGAAACUCUUUCCCGUCAGCUUGUGGUGAUGGGAUUCCCUUCUGAUCGAGCUUUCAUGUCUCUCAUAAUAAAUGAAGGUCGAAUGGAGGACUCUGUUUCUUGGUUGUUACAUGAAGGGCUAGAGGACAACAGACAGCACGUUUUGGCUAACUUGGAAGAUAAAAGCCACAUAAAGCUUGAUAUUACCGAUGAGCUUUCCAGGGUUGCAGAACUGGAGGUCAAGCUCAAAUGUACAAAACAGGAUGUUGAAAGGGCCGUUGUUGCUUGUGAGGGUGAUUUGUUGAGGGCUGAAGACAGCUUGAGGUCACAAAAACAAGCUGCCACUGCUGUUCCAACGCCCAAGUCAGAUGAAUUUGUCGAUUCCACUGGUCUGAAUAGUAAGAUUUCAGGUCCUAAUCAUAAUAAUCCAGUCUCGAUAAGAGCUGCUCCCAUUCAACAACAAAGAAGGGAUGAAAAGGAUCUCAACUACUCCAAAACAAUGCUUCCUGGUACUUUGCCAGAUGAAUAUGCAAAUAGAAGCCUUCAGCAGGCUUUUAAAAAGAUGCAGCUCAAGCCAACUGAUUGGUCAAGAGUUCCGCCCACCGCAUUUGAUAAAAGAUGGUUGGCAAUGGGCAGUACUCCAUCUGUUUCAUACCCUUCUUUGGCUUCACCAGUGCAGAUUUCAGGACCUCCAUUGAAAUCAGAAUCUCAGUUUGUAGCAACAAUGGGCCAUGAAGUCCAGACAGGCCUUCAGGAAGGCAUUGUUAUGCGACGCCCAAAGCAGCAGAACUUGAGCGUUUCACCACCACCAGCUUCAGGAUGGUAUCCAAGUGGUUCUCCUGGGCAUAACCUUGCCAGCAUGGGCUCAACGGGCUCUUCCCUGCAUCAGUUCUACCCUCAAAACAACUUUCAUCCAAUGCGGUCGGGUCCGGCGGACUUGCCUGCAGCAACUGGUUGGAGCAACCAAGCCUGGAAUGCUUCAAGAACCACCUCAUCAUCGUUAGCGAGUCCUUCGUCUUUAGGACUUUUCACCUCCUUGGGUUCGUCUGGGUCCUCGGCUUCGUCGUCGCAGAAUGAUUGGAACGCUAGUGGCUUAGCCGCUCACCGGGAUUACUCAUCUAUUGAUUGGAGCCUAGAUUUGAGCUCACUAAGACCAUCAUUGCAGUCCGACUCAUGGUCGACAAUGCUUAUGGGAGGAAAUGCUACAGAAAGGCCUCAAGUGAAUGUUGGUGGUGGGGUCUAUCUUCCAGGAUUACAGGAAGGUGGUGGUCUUUUGGCUGAUCCCUCAGUACCAUCUAAUUCCCAGGAGUGGAGUAACCCAUUUGAGGGUAGUGAUCUCUUUAGGGUUACCAGGCAGUAUGUCACUUCCCCUACUCUGCAAUAAAUUUAUGAUUUCAAAUGGCAAAAAUGAACGCAUUGCAUGAUUUGUUGGCAUUUUAUUUCCUUCAUGUCUAUUACUUUUCGGUAUCAUAUUGCAUCCAUUUUGAUUA